GUUUGCCUGGUGACGUUUAGCAUAGGCGCGUGCCUGUUUUACUUCGACUGACAUUUUCAUAUUUGUUUUCCUACGGUUCAGAAAUAAAAUAGAUAGACUUUAAGAAGAAAUGACAAAAAGUAGAUGCCAUAUCAUCUUAUGUUUUAUACUUUUAUUCUUCAGUGAAUAUUCAUCAGGUUUGUACCCGAAAAAAUCAACUUUGUAUAGAAAUAUGAAUGGAGUGAAGAAGGAGCGAGAAUGAAAAUAUUUCAUAUAAAAUGUAUACAAUUCUCUCUCUCUCCUUUUCACUGACAAUAACAGUUAAGUUGUAGUGUAUAUGUGAUAUUCGCAUAUCUAUAUCUUGAACGGGCAAAUGUAAUCAAUAUACUUUUAUUUCUUAUUGAGUUUCAUUCAAACCGUUUAGCCGGCUAAAGGCUACAAAUGUCGAUUGAACUUUAUUUAUUAUGAAAGCGUAAGAAAAUCUGAACUACUUUACAAAGAAUUUAAGAAACAAGAUGACAAAUCCCUAGAGAGACCUCUUUCCAGUUAAUUCUUUUGUUUCUUUUAGUUUCACAAUAAAUAUUUCAUAUACCGUUCAAUAAAAGCUAUGUUAUUGAAUCAAAGACGCCCACGGGAUUGCUAGGUCUAAUUCGCUUAUUUAGCCCAAACUUGCAGUGGAACUUUAAUUGAUGGAUGGUGCUUUCUAUCGUUAAGUACGAUAGGAGAUCGAAAUUUAAACGAUGCUACUGCAGAAUGUAGAGCCAAACAUGGCAUAAAAUCUACUUUACCCUACGUUUUCAAUAAAAACAGUCAAGAUUUUAUGAGAAAUGUUAUGAUACAAAAUCAGCUUAAUUUUACUUGGUUAGGAUUUCAAUUCGUUGAAGAUCAGCCAGUAGCUCAAAAUACUGCUAGAAGACCAAAUUAUUGGAAAUGGAUAGAUGACUCAAUAAUGGAACACCAAGGAUGUUUUGACGACUGGGCUCAAUCGCCCAGUAGAAUGGAUAUGGAAUUAGAGGUUACCCAAUUAUUAACAAAAAUAACUAUCGACGACUGUAAGGCCCGGUGUCAAAGGGAGAAUGAGAAUAAACCAGCAUUCGAACGUUUCUUAGUAGCUGGUCUUCAGGAUGGUAAUAAAUGUUUCUGUUCCAAGUAUUUUGGGAAAUUUGGCCCAAUAGACUCAUGUACCGUUCCGUGUAAAGAUAAUGCAAAUGAAAAAUGCGGCGGUUAUGGAAGAAAUAGUGUUGUUUAUCUAAGUGGCUCAUACGGCCCGUGGUACUACAAACAACCAAAUAGCCAUAGAGGUUCACCUCAGGCUUGCGCAGUUACUUCGAAUUAUCAUCAAAUGAAAAUGGGCGACGAAAAUUGCGAAAAUAUUUAUGAUUAUCUCUGCGAAUUACCAACGUCAUUUUGUAACGGAAAUGGCAACUAUUACUUACGAAAUGGAACUUGUAUUUUUGUGGGAACAUCGAAAAAUUGGUUUGAUUCAAGAAAUGAUUGUAUAGAAAGAGGAGGAGAUUUAUUAAUAUUUAAAGACGACUUAACAAGAACAACGAUAAUGAAAAUGGUAUCAGCAGAUGACUUAAACCUUGAUAACGACGCUAAAUUCUGGUUAGGAUUAACCAAAUGGCGUUGGAGAAUUCACGGUAGAAAUGAUGGUCCUGAAUUAAAAUAUUCAAAUUUUCAUUCUUCCGUCUGGGGAAAUGAUCCACAAUCGACAAAUUUGGAACAAUGCAUAGUUAUGUCCGCCGAGCACAAUUACCAAUGGAUAUGGGUACCUUGUACAAAACUGUCGAUAACAGAUAAAGAAUAUCCCUUCUUAUGCGUAAUAGAUCUUCGUUCAUCAACAACUACAUCAACAUCAACAACUGUUACAACACGUGAACCAACUACAAAAAGUACUGUAAAGAGUACUGUAAAACCUACUGUAAAAACUACUAUAAAAACAACAGUAAAAACAACUAUUAAUGUUCCGGUUACUACAGUCAAAACAACUACUGUUCAAAUUACAUCUACACCUAUUCCACUGACACCUGGAACCGAUCCUAAUUUAGGAGCUUCAACAAGUGAUUCUUCUGGUCUAUCCAAAUUUCAAAUUGCCUUGAUCAUCGUGCUUAUUAUUAUACUAAUCGUUAUAAUCCUUGCGAUUAUCUUCUGCGUCUACUAUAGAUAUAAAAAUAAGGAAGGAUCAGUACAACCCGAAGAUCCAAAGUUUGACGCAAGACCAGAUGCUCCUAUCCCACAACAAGACAUGUAUCUAGAUCCCAAAGGAAGGGAUAAAAAUAUAGAUAUCUUUAAGUACAACAAGAUUGAGAGUCUAGCCUAAGAGAGGUUUUUUCACUAUAGCUUUUUCUCUUCUUCGAUUAUUUACUCUUUAGCUCUUAUAGCUUUCGCUAACAUCUUUAAUACAUGCAUUAAUAGACUACCGAAGAAACUGUAAUAGAAUAAUAUAACAAGAACUGCUUAUAACACACCAAUAACUAAAUAUAUAUUAAUUGCUGUUAUAACAACUUUUAUAGCACACAUGGAUUCUUUCAUAACAGUCCGUAACAAAAAUGGCAUUUUAACCUUCCAAGGACGUGAUGAAAUAUCUAGAGGAUUCUUUUAUUAAAAAUUAUAAACUAAAAACUUUUUAUCAAUUUCAACCAAAAAAAGACUUUCUAACGCUUUUUAUACUGUUUUAACCAUACAAAAAAUCAUAGAAACUAUAAACAAUUAUCUCUACCCCCCGAACAAACUUUAAAGGAUUAACUGUAAAUAGAAAUGACUUCUCUACACUCCACAGUUCAUUAUGCAAUAAUAUUUUGAGUAGUUGCCAAAUAAAAGAAAAGAGAUACUUUUUUU